AAAACUGGGUCUAAUCAGUAAACAACUAGAACUCAAAAGUGAGAAUCGGAGAAAGCAAGAAGACGAAAACAGACCACAGAAAUCGAACAACUACGCAAUGCAAACUCUUCUAUCGCCGGCACCGUGCUCCGGCAAAUUCACGGCAGCGCCACUCUCAAUCUCAGCCAUUUCCGUCCCUCGUCUUCCCCGAACAAUUCUGAAGCAAAAUUCUACGCCCUCACUCCCUCUUAAAUUGAAUAGUUCUUCUCCCUCUUUCAGUUCCUUCAUUUCUCAUCGUUCAUGGAAGCUUCCCUUCACCGCAACCGCUUCUUCUCAAUCCUCUCCAGCUUUCGCUCCUUCCAACGAAGAAUCAGAAAAAGCAAAACUCGAUCAGGUGGCGAAGAGAUUGGAAAAAACUGCAAGGCAUUUUAAGCGAUUAGGUAGCUUAGGGUUUUGGGGUCAGCUAGUUUGCACUAUUGUAUCAGCCGUCAUACUAUCGUUUUCCGUUGUUGUUACCGGAAAAGUUACGUCUCCGGCAACUUUUUAUGCUACUGCUGGUGGAAUAGCAGCUGCGUUUAUUUCAGUGUUUUGGUCAUUUGGCUAUAUUCGCCUCUCUGAGAGGCUUCGUAGAACUGCAAAUGAUCCUACCAAGGCACCCCCUCGAUCUGAUGUAGUUAAAAGCUUACAAAAUGGUAUAGCAUUGAACCUUUUGGGGAUGGGAUCUGCUAUUCUUGGGAUGCAAGCCACGGUUGGAUUCUUAGUUGCAAAGGCUCUUACUACCUCUGCCAACCCAUAUUAUCAAGGAAUCGCUCCUGGUUCAAGCCCUGUUCUCGCAUUAGAUGUCUUUUUGGUGCAGGCUUCGGCAAACACAAUCCUUUCUCAUUUCCUUGGGCUUCUUUUCUCACUGGAGUUGUUGAGAUCAGUCACAUUACCGCCGUCAGAAGCUCUUCCAUUUCUGAAGUUUGCAUAAGCUUUUUAAGGCCGUCUUCGUUGGUGGUUGACAUCUUAUAUUUCCAAGUUGAAAAGAAUCUGUGCAAUGUUGUUAAUAAAAAUGAAUCAUGAUAACGCUUCAGCAAUUCAAGAUCCAUGGGCAGAUUAUCACAGUGGCAGGAGUUUACUGUCUAUCUGCAGUUUGGACAUGUUUUGGUUCUAACAUUAUCACCCUCAUAACUUGUCUGAUGUAAGUGUCAAAUGAAGAACUUGCAAAAUGCAACUUUGAAAUUAUUUGCAUAUUCGACCGGUGAUGCAAUAUCAGGGUUUUUUGUAGUAUCUUUUUUUGUAUUCAAAAUACUUGUUUGAUAAGGGACGCGGAGAAUUUAUAUCUUAGGAGCAAUUUUACCUGCUAGAGUCACAUUUUGCA